CACUUUGUUACUGAGCAACAUGGCUGCGUCCUCUGCAGGAUCGAGUGCCCCACUAUAUAUUAUAUCAAAACAACUAGCAAUGGUUUAUACAAAAAUGAUCGUUUAUCGUAGUCAAAGGUGUGUUGUCAGGCAAAUAGCCACAUCUGCCAUUCGAUACCAAAGUCAACCAAAACUCAAAAGAAAAAGUGCUCCUGAGGAUCUGGUUGGAGUGGUAGGUUUGGAGAUCCACGCUCAGAUACACUCCAACACCAAACUCUUCUCUGGUUCUCAAGUUAAGUUCUGUUCUCCCCCAAACUCCCUGGUAUCCUUCUUUGACGCGUCUUUACCUGGCACCUUACCUGUGCUCAACAGACGAUGUGUGGAGGCGGCAGUCAUGACAGGCCUGGCCCUCAACUGCUCCAUAAACAAGAAGUCCCUCUUCGACAGGAAACAUUAUUUCUACGCUGACCUUCCAGCAGGUUACCAGAUCACACAGCAGAGGUUGCCUGUCGCAGUGGAUGGCACGCUCACCUACAGUCACCUGGAGGGCCGCAACAAGAGCCAGGUGCUCACCAAGAGCGUGAGGAUCAAACAGGUCCAGCUGGAGCAGGACAGCGGCAAGAGUUUACACGACAACCACAGGAACCAGACCCUUAUAGACCUCAAUAGAGCAGGAGUAGGGCUGAUGGAGCUGGUCAUGGAACCAGACAUGAGAUGUGGAGACGAGGCAGCUGCUGCUGUCAGGGAGCUGCAGCUCAUUCUGCAGGCUCUGGGGACCUGCCAGGGCAACAUGGCCGAGGGCCAACUGAGAGUGGACGCCAAUGUGUCGGUGCACAGGCCCGGGGAACCUCUGGGCGUUAGAACGGAGGUGAAGAACAUCAACAGCGCCCGCUUCCUGGCAAGGGCCAUCGACUACGAGAUCCAGAGACAGAUGGGGGUUCUCAGGAGUGGUGGAACUGUGCAGAACGAGACACGGGCCUUUGAUUCCAAAUCUGGUCACACCGUUCCUAUGAGAGACAAGGAGGGCCUCCAGGACUACAGGUUCAUGCCGGAGCCCAACCUGCCCCCCCUCAUGGUGUACUCCGAGAGCCACCCCCCGCCCCCCGGACUGGACCCCAGCCAAGCGGUUGUGGUGGAGAGGGUGAGGGAGAAUCUCCCAGAGCUUCCCAGCGUGAGAAGACUCCGACUGGUGGAAGCCUACAGCAUCCUCCCAGAACACAGCUUCACCCUGGUGAAUGAGGAUGGGCUCGUGGAGUACUUUGAGGCCGUUGUCGGGGAGACCAAGGCGGAGCCGAGGAAGGUGAUUGGUUGGGUGACAAAUGAGCUGCUUGGCCUACUCCAUCAGCAGGGGAUGAGCGUGAGCCAGAGUCCAGUCUCUCCUCAUGUCCUGGCAGAUCUCUUGAACCUCCUAGAGUCAGGACAAAUAUCCUCCUCCAUCGCCAGACAGGUGUUCCAGGAGCUGUGGGCAAACCCUGGUAAGACUGCCCAACAGAUCGUCCAGGAGCAGGACCUGGGGCUGGUCAGUAACACAACGGCAAUCCACAACAUCUGCCAAAGGAUAGUGGACUCGCAUCCUGAACGGGUACAAGCCAUAAGGGCAGGGAACAAGAACGUCCUGAACAAGUUGAUGGGUCUGGUUCAGAAGGAGACCAAAGGGAGGGCUGACCCUGUCGUUGUCCGCGCCAUUUUGAAGGACAUGACCUCCUGAGGAGAGAGGGUCUUAGGCUGUCGCCUGACUCGACAAUAAAAACGUAGACAUUUAGACUGGACUGGAGGAGUCACACAUACGUUUUACAAUCGAUUCGAAGAUGCAAUAAAGGCAAGGUUGUUCUGUGAAGAUA